GGUUGGAUCACACGUCUCUCUCACUCGCCCAGCAUUCAGUGAACACACUUUGAGGAAUUGCUAUGGCAACUGGUUGCUAUGGGUGAUAUGACACCACCACACACUCAAUCUGGUAGGGGGGAGAGGGAGUUGCACAACAAAAGCCAGGAAUGCAAGCAAGGAAAAGAAGCUAUUAUUUUGAUUUCUGAAUGAACUGAGGGACUGCGUUAAAAAGUUGGCAAAACGUAUGGCUUCAGGAGGGGAGUCAUAAUGGACGCUGAGACUUUCACAGUUUAUUUUUGGCGUCCAUCUGCUUGCCUCUGACGGAUCUCUUUUAGCUGCUCCUCCACAACAGAACAUUCUCCAAAAUGAAACCCCUAUGUGUUCAUAGUGCUUUCAUUAAAAAAAAAGAAAAAAAAAGAAACAAAAAGGACCUAAUGGUAUUAAAUGCUUCUGACAGGAAACUUGUUGAAUCUGAGGCUCGACGUGAUGGCUACAUGCCACUGAGGCUGUGGUGAGGGAGGUUCGUGGGUUACAGAGUGCAUUAAGAACCUGAGGAUGGCGGAGCACCUCCACAGCAGCACGCUGUCUGCGUCUGGGGCCACUCAGCCCAUCCCUUUCCUCACCCUUGAGCAAAAGGCAGCUUUCGUCUUUGUACUGCUUCUCUUCAUUUUCCUGGGCCUUCUGAUUGUGCGAUGUUUCCGCAUUCUGCUGGACCCCUACAGCAGCAUGCCUUCUUCCACAUGGACAGACUAUAUGGAGAAAGACACAUUUGACUACCGCAUCGCCUGAGGGACUGCCUGGGCUUGGCCGUUCAUGACGCCACAUGAUGGCUACCUCACAGUCUCCAACACAGAUUCAAAUAACAUUCCCAUGCCAGUGGUGUACAUAUGGUGGCAAGAUGUCUCAUUUUUGAAAAAAACGAACAAAAACAAAACAAAACAAAUGUUCUACAAUACAUUUCUUCCAUUUAUACUUAUGGGAUAAUUUACUGCCAGCACAAUACCUCACAUAUUUCACCACAGUUGAUAAGUGAUGUCACAUCCAGGUUUCCUGAGAAGUAUUAGCGAUGACACACCCGGAGCUAAAACUAGCCAAUUACCUGUCAUGAGUAGUUUGGGUGAGCUAUUUAUCUCAUGUUGAUGCAGUGUAAAUUAUUAAUUCUCACAAUGAGGGUAAAUCCGUUAUUGAAUUUGUUUCUCCACUACCUUUAUAGAUUUUAAAGUGCUUUGGUUUAGGGAUCGUAAAAUCUUGUUGUUCAGAAAGUCCUGAGCUUUUGGCCUUAUGAUUCAGUGUGUUUACAGAGCUGCCAGAAAAAAAAACCUGGCCUCAUUGUUAUUAAGCUAAAUGUCAAUCAAUGUAAUGACCAAGCAGCCUUCUUAGGCAUCUGGAUGAGAGCUUUGACAAGUUCCUCCUCUCUCUCACUCUCUUUCUGUCUUUUUCUCUCUGCAGUGUGCUUUAAUAGGGUGUGUCUGAUGUGGUGCAUAUUGUUCAACAGUAUUUCCUAAUUACAGAAAUGAACAGUUCAUUCAAAUGGUGUGAAUUCGCUGUUGUGCACAAGCUAUCAGUGCAUUAUUGAUUUUGCAAAUGCUCUGGUUGCAAAGCUGUGAUUAGCUUAACUACAUGUUUUUAAAAGAGAUCCAGCUCACUUAAACAAGAAAUGUGUCUAUGAUGUGCAAAAGAUAUGAAUUGCCAUUUCAGUGCCUGUUUUUAUUUCAUUUUACUACCUGCUAUUGAUUUAUAGUCUGUAUAGUUGAGAUUGUUCUGUUUGAAACUGUCAUUGGAGGCAGUUAUUGCCACAGCACAUUAAGCUCCAGCGACAGGAAUUACUGUAGUCAGUCAUUACAAUGCACAUUGUGUGUGUGUGUGUGUGUGUGUGUGUGUGUGUGUGUGGGUGGGUGGGUGAGUUUGUUUGAUAUAUUAGGUACUUAAUACUGAGACACUCUUCAGAAAGACCAUGUGCCAUGUGGUUCACAAAUAGGUUUUGCAUUUGAUGUGCUUUUUAUAUUUGUUUCCAAAUAAAGAUUAAUGUAUUUCUCCCUAGUUACUGAAUGGUAAGAUUGAGCAGUCAAAUUAUUUGCUAUGCUACAUGUGAUACCGGCAGGUCCUAUCAUACAUUCUAGAGAUUUUUAAAAGCAUAAUGCUUUCAGACGCAUACAUUUUUUUCUACAAAUAUGUAUGAUUUUAUUAUGGAAUAUAUGUAUUGUGCGCAAUUAGUUCUUGAAUAGGAAAUGCCACAGCCACUUAAUCAUCAAUAUUACAGCUAUGAAAGAAGAUAUUAACCCAUUCAUUUUCAUUUUCUAUUAUAGAAGAAGUUGAAUAAGUGAUAAGACACUGUUUCUGAUUUUCACUCACCAUUACUUUUAGUAGAGAAAAUUAUAUUUUAAUAAUUUACCAUUGACUGGUUUAACUGAAUCCUUUUCUGUGGGACAGCAAUGCUUAUGUGCUUGAGUCUGAAAUGUCAUUCACUACACAUGCUUUAAAGUCAGAUUUAUAAGUCACUAAUUACUGAAAUGUGCACUAAAACUCUAGGGAUUUAGGCUACUAAUGUAAAACAUAAAAAAGAAAAAAGAAAUUUAAAGCCAGCAGACCAUCUUCAUUAUGUACAGAUGGGGCUUCACUUGAGUUUUACAGAUCCGCAACCCAGUGUGUCAUUUAGCAACAUAAUAUCUGUAUGGAAGAGUCUAUUUAGCCAUAUUAGGACAGAGUACACAUUAGGACAUAGAAGUCAGUCUACUUUUUCAAUUAUUAUACUUACAUUGACAUUGAAUAAUUUGUGUUAAUGAAUAUUUAAUAUUUUAAUUAAAAUAAUGAUGAUGAUGAUGAUGAUGAUGGUUAUGAUAAUGAAUAGUUUUAUUAAAUUAUUAUUAGUAGCAGAAAUUUUACUAAAUUAUUAUUAGUAGCAGAAAUAGUAGUAGUAGCAAUAUACAUCUAGGUAAUAUUUAUUCUGUUUAUUUUAGCCUCUCCUCUUUAUUAAUCAAUCUGAAUUCAGAGGUAAAGCAAUAGACCACUGAAGCUUUUAGCGAAAAAGUAACUGCUUCCCAAAUCAGUGGAAUUAUUUAAUCAACAUUAAUGGAUGAAUUCAUUUUUUUUUUUUUGCAAUUCAGAAGUCAUUUAAAUGUAAGCUGUUCAGUGAGAAAUUUCUCCAGGACAAGAGAACAUUAAAGCCUUCUGAUUAAGUUGGCAAAUGAGUGACGACAAUCAUAUAACAAGUUUUACUGAAUUCAUCAAUGAUGCCCAUAUUUGUGGAAGCCAAAAAUGAGCUGACAUUAUUCUGAUAAAUGAAGUGAAUAUAGACCAGAAUAGAGCGGUUGCAAAAAA